GUCAGAAAUAAGACUGAGAAUCAUCAUUCACAUCAGCUUCGAUAAUAGGACAUUUCAGAGUUUAGUUGUAGCCUUUAUUCUGAACAAAGCAUUAGUUUAACAGAAGAGUAUGGAAAGACAAGGAAAGUACUAAACUGAUUGUUUGACUUCUUGACCGACACUGUCCUGGGAAAAACAUCUACAUUGAGAUGUCACAGUAUUAACUACUCCCACUAGGUGGCAGAAUUGCAACUCAGCGGAUGCUGGCUGCCGUAAAACCUCAAAGAAGAAGAAUGUAAGCUACCGUUAAUUCUCAAGAGAAGAAGAAUCCGCAACAAAAAAUAUAUCCGUGAAUUACACUCAUUUAGUCCUGUAGAUAUUCGUUUAAAUGUACUUCUCAAGAAGUCCCUACAACAUAUUAAAGAAGUAGGUCUGCGUUGUGUUUGAAAUAGGAGACCCCUGGCAGCUCAAUGGAAAUAUGAACUGCAGUGUUUAGCUAGCUUGCAUCCAAAGCUAACAUUAGCUAGCAUCCAUCCAUUCUGGUGUUACAGACUGUCUCUGUUUCACCCAAAGACAACAUUACUCUACUGACGACUGAAGCUCCAUCUAUCCUCCAUGGCUUCUUCAGAGGUCAGCAUGCAGGACAUGAGGGAGAUAGUGAUCGUCACCAUACCGGACAAUGUGGGUGAGGAGCUCUCGUCUGUGGGGGAGGAGGAGGAGGAGAAGGCCGUGCUGGUGAGCGCAGAGCUCAGCGCUCAGACGGGGGAGGAAAUCCUCACAGAAGCAUCGGUGGACGCAGAAGCUGAGGCCAACAGAACAGAUUCAAUGUCCAGGGAAGAGGCAGUCAUAGUGAAGUUAUCUGAGGAGGUGGAUGUAGAAGCUGAUGAAUUCUACAACAUCACCUGUGGAGACACCAAAGCCACGCUGGUUUGGAAGAAGUUUGUCUGCCCGGGGAUCAACGUGAAAUGUGUCCAGUUCAAUGGGCAGCUCAUCAGCCCCAAGGAGUUUGUGUGUUUAGCAGGGAAAUCCACUCUGAAGGACUGGAAGAGAGCCAUCCGCCUCAAUGGCACCAUGCUCAGGAAGAUCAUGGACUCCGGUGAGCUGGACUUCUACCAACACUCCAAGGUCUGCUCCAACACGUGCCGCAGCACUAAGAUAGACCUGGUGGGAGCCAAAGUGUCCGUCAGCACUGAUCAGUCUGCUGACCUGGUCCCUGCCCCCCCCUCAUCAGCUGACUUGAAUGGAGCAGCAGUCUCUUUCCCUGAGGCGAUGGAGGAGACGUCAGAGUGGGUCACCGCCAUCGGAGAGGACUCGGUGACGUUCUGGCGUUCAGUGAAGGAUGCUGGUCUGAUGGAGGAGGUGGUGGAGGACUUCCAGAAGGAGCUGCAGGAGGUGCUGAAGGGGCUGCAGGAGAGAGUGUGUGACCCCCCGCUGCAGGUCAAAGAUGCUGUUUUGCUCAACAACAUAGUGCAGAACUUUGGGAUGUUGGACCUAGUGAAGAAGGUUCUGGCCAGUCAUAAGAGCCAGAUGGACCGCUACAGAGAGCAGUACACCCGCAGCCUGGCCGCCUUGGAGCAGCAGUGUGACGAGCACAGGAAGCGCGCCAAGGAGCUGAAGAGUAAAUCCCAGCACCUGAACAACGUGCUGAUGACCCUCGCCCCGGUGCCCGCCCCCCCCACGCCCAAGCGUCCCCGGCUGACCCGAGCCGUCUCCGGGCCCGCCUCCGUCAACGCCGCCCCCACCCAGAUCACUCUGAACCAGAUGGGGGGGCUUCUGACCAUGGCAGGAGGAACCGGCGCCAACCUGGGGGGGUACACCCUCCUGACCUCCUCGCUCUCGGGGUCCGAGCUGACGGGCGACGCCUCUAACCUCACCGUGCUGUCUGCGGCGGCAGGGGGCCAGGAGGGGGCCGGGGGGUCCCUGCUGAAGCUGAUGGGGCCUCAGUUCCAGCUGGUGACGAUGCAGAGCCUGUCCUCCGUCCAGCAGCAGGCCGGCACCAUCAGUGUGCUGGAAACCACGGCAACCGCUGCGGACGACUCACAAGAGGAAUGCCAGGCGGACGGAGAGGGUCAGCCAGAGCAGGUUAAAGAGGAAGGGGGGGGGCAGUCAGAGGAGCAGCAGUGAGACAGAGACAGAUGUCCCCCCCCCCCCCCUGUCCCACCCCUCGUCCACAUGUUCACUUUUACAGAUAAUUUAAUACAACACUCGAUUUGUAGAUGUCCUUCAAUUUCACCAUGUAGGUAUUAGUAUUGGAGGUAUGUCUGAUGUGUGUGUCAGCAAUGAUUUGACUGUAAAUAUGUAACUAAUAUAUUUGAUACAGCCGUGUGUUUCUGUAGGGACGUAUGUCAAUGAGGCCGAAAAAAGCAGUGUUGUUGAGUUAGUAAUAAAUGCUCAGUCUUCAAAUGGAAAACGUGUAUUGUUACAUAGUGUAAAUAUGAAUGUGUUUUCACUUUUUUACUCUUAUUUUAUUGUUGAUCGCUUCCAGAUUCCAGCGUCUUUAUCAAAUGACAUUGGCUCAGUUAAAAUGACAAUGUACUAGAUUUUAAAUGUGUUGAGGUGAUAAAAACGAGUAAAUGAGCUGUUUUCCACAAACAUAUACAUGUAUGGUAUUUUCUAUUGAGACAAAUGAUAGUUACCUUAAAGCAAAUAGUAAUAAAGACAUUUUCAAUGUAGAUAAAUUGA